CGGUAAAUAGAUUUCGAAAAGAGGCGUGGAGUCUCCGUCUCAUACAAGACGAGUGCGCAGCAGGUGGGCGGCGGGCAUGGCUGCCGCGAGCUUCUCGGCCGUCGCAGUUCCCAUCAAGAGCGGCCGCUCUGCUGUGACCAUCCUCCGGCGGCUACUUGCAUCCGCUCGCCCUCUUCACUUCCUGGCUCAAUCCCAAUCCCCUCGCAGAGGGCUGUGCCAGGUCGCGCAUGCCGUGAAGCCGGUGGUCGUGGACUCGACCCUCAAAGGGAUUAGCGACAGAAAUAUAGCCGAGGCCGUAAAUAACAUUCUUGAAAUGGCAAGGCGGGCUACGACGAGAAGAGAGGUGCUUCACACAGACUUUCUCACUCCACCUGUUGUUAAGGAGUCAAUUUUGGCGCUAGAAAAGCUGGCCGAUGUCAAAGCAGUAUCUCAGGGUGGUUAUCCACAGGCAGAACGUUGCCGCCUGUCUGUUGGACAUCCAGAUGACAUGCCAACUGACCCAGAUGUUGUUGCUGCUUUGAGCAUCACAGGGAACUUCACGUUUGAUGCUUGUUCUCAUGGUGAUUUCCUCGGUGCAAUUCUGGGCACAGGGAUAGUAAGAGAAAAGGUUGGAGAUAUCUUGUUGCAGGGAGAAAAGGGAUCCCAAGUCAUCGUUGUUCCAGAGCUUACUGACUUUCUUAUGUCGACAUUGGAUAAGGUUGGUAAUAUUUCUGUGACUUGCAGGCCAAUACCAUUGCUCGCUUUAGAAUAUGAGCCACCGAAGACUAAAACAUUUAGAACUGUUGAAUCAUCGCUGAGGGUUGAUGCACUGGCUAGUGCAGGCUUCAAAAUAUCUCGCUCAAAACUUGUUGACUUGAUCAGCAAUGGAGAUGUGCGGGUUAACUGGUCACCAGUGAUGAAAAAUGGAACCACACUCAAGACAGGAGAUGUUGUUUCUGUUAGUGGAAAAGGGAGGUUGAAGAUUGGUGAGAUAACAACAACAAGGAAAGGGAAAUAUGCCAUCGAAUUGAUCUGUUAUCUGUAGGCUCUGUGGAACCUGAGCUUAUCCACCAGAAGUUCCACUGUUGGUUGAAGACAUUCACCGGCACUAGGACCUCAAAUAGCAAGAUGAAUUGGAAAACCAUGAUUUCUCAUUGUCCAAAGAUCAUGUUCUGACAAAUUUGGACAGCAUAAACAGCCAAAUUAUUGGUUUAACUGUUUUUGUCCUUGAGCUUAAUGUGUUGAUUAUAUUUGGUAAAGUAAUGUGUGGAUAUUUAUCUUUUGAUUGAAAUGUGAGAAAAAAAAUAACUGCUAUUAUAUGAGUUUCUUAAUAUUGAAGGUUUUAACCUGGUAAUUUACUAGGGGGUUUCAGGCCCUUAGCUUAGCUUUUGUUGAAAUUGUUUUGGCAGGUCAGGUACUGGACUUGAUGUGAAGACUGAUCCUUCUUCUAUGGUGGGGGCGGGUCGAUUCAGACCCGGAAUGCAGCAUCUUGUGGAAUUAAGCGUCACAUGGGGCUACUCAAGGAAGUUUCAGGUCUUUGGAUUUGGUAUUUGAUUUGAGAUUUCAGAUGAGAAAGUUGGAUUCUUCACAUGUGACUUUGUCUUCAUCGUUAAAAUUGUCAUACCAUUUGCCUACUUAUACAGAUUGUUUAUGUGCGCUAUGAGUACUGCCCAAAGUUAGCACCUUAAAUUUAAUUGUGAUGAGAGAGAGAGAGAGAGAGAGAGAGAGAGAGAGAGAGUGAGAGAUAUGGGUGAUGGAGUCAAGGUCUGUGUUUCAUUUGUUUGUUUGUCGUCUUUACCCACUUUUCUUUUACAAGACGGAUUUGGUCAA